UCAUAAUAUUUCAUCAAAAAGAGUGGGGCAUGAAUUGCAUACACAGAUCUACAAGCUCAAAUUGCAAAUGAGGGGCGUCUGUUACGGUCUCAGUCCACCUACGCUUCCAUCAGUUGUCUAGUUGCACUUAACUUGACAUCAUGACUACAGUAAGUUUCACUACGCUCAUAGUAAUCUACGUAAUUCAAGUUGCAUCUGCUGAAUUUGAUUUUAUGGAAUUUAACUGCAAAAUCAUUGACGAGGGAACUCCUCAUUAUCAACUGAAAAGACAUCUCUUCUGUGAUUAUGAUCCUGGAAUAAGACCCGAAAAUGAAUCAAAAAAUAAGACUGUUGUCGAUACUACGAUUUUUCCAAGAAAAGUGACGUUCGAUGAGAGGAGUGGAACUAUGGAUAUGCACAGCUGGCUAUUUAUCGAAUGGGACGAUCCCUUUUUGACUUGGAAUCCAGAGGAUCAUGGUGGCAUCAAAGAUUUGUAUGUUAGAUCCCGCGAGGUGUGGACGCCAGAAGUGUUUUUCAUAGAUCCCCACGGACAAACGUCGGGGCUUCCGGAAACAUCAUGCAAGCUGAAAAAUACUGGGCAUCUGGGAUGUAUUCCAUCAAUUCAAUAUUCUGUACCCUGUGUCUCUGACUAUACUCGCUGGCCCUGGGACGUUCACAACUGCACGAUGAUAUUGGGCUUCUGGGCCUACACCUCUGAACAAAUAUCCUUUAAAAGGGGAAAUGGCCUUGUCAUAGAUCUCUCAAGAGACUUUGAGGAAUGGAAGAUGUCCUUCCCCGCAUUUGGAUUGAGGGAAGCGAAAUCAAAAUUAAUAAACAAUGCGACGUUACCGACUUUCAUGAUGUCGGUGGUUUUGUCAAGGACACAAACGGGUUUGAAAAGUGUUUUUAUUACUCCAGUAAUAAUUUUGACUGUAAUGACUCUGACGAUUGUGUGGCUGCGACCAGGAUCCACGGAACGUGUGAUGUUAUGCUGUUUCAAUUUCCUGGGGCAUCUGAUGGCCCUUCGGCAUAUUCAUUAUCGGAUCCCCGAUACUGGAAAUGACGUUCCAAAUAUUUUGAUCUUCUACACCACCUCCCUCAUCUUAUCGUCUAUCGUAUUGAUAUUGAGCUGCUGCCUCCAGAACCUUCUCCAGUGGAAACGGGAAGUGCCUGUUUGGCUGGCCUUGCAAGUCUCAAUCGUCCUAACGAGUAAAGUUGGACAAAUACUGUCGAUCAAUAUCCUGGAUCCUAAAGGAUCGGCGUUACUCCAAGAGGAUGAUAAUGACAACAGUACUCUAGUGGAUUCGGAACAAAAAAAAUCCAACUGGGAAAAUGUCGUUACUGUCAUUGGAUGGUUCUCUCUCUUCGGUUUUGGUUUUAUUUAUUUGAUUAUGUGUUUUGUUCUACUCCGGUAAAAACGUAGAAAAAUUAAAUUGCACGUUUUGCUCAUUAUCUGCUGUCUCCCAUAGGUUCCAUUAUUAUUCAAAUGAUUUUACUCCAGUUGUAUAGGACUCCAGUGUGUAGUAUUUGCAAGGGAAAUGGUAAUAAAUCUAGUUGGACCUUU